AUGACAUUAUUCUCCUUCAAGAGUUCCAAGGCCCUUAGCAAGUCAACCAAGCCUGCACCGUCAGCACCCAGCACAGCAACGGCGAAUGGCCUGCCGCCGUCGGCAGCAAGCGAUGUUUAUGCAGACAUUCCUGCGCAAAGUCUGCGAUACUGGCCAUUGGAAGCAUCAAAACGGGAAAUACGUGUGCUGCAAGUCCACAGGGGCUGGAAAUCCGAUCCAAUGAUUUGCAAGCUCUAUCCUGUCUCAUUGCUGGACGAGCCGCGGCCUAUGUACGAGACUGUAUCUUACUGCUGGGGAGAUACAUCAAGUACGACACCUGUCAAGAUAGAGGUGAACGGCGUCGUGGUCGCGAUCAACGCAAGUGCUGCGGACGCCAUUCAUCGUAUCAGAACGCCACUCACAGACAGGUGGAUAUGGAUCGACGCAAUCUGCAUAAACCAGAACGAUAAGGAUGAGCGCAACCAUCAGGUAGCACUUAUGGCGAAAAUAUACAAAGGAGCUUUCAAAAACGUGGUCUGGCUAGGGAACGACGACGAAGACUUUGGCGAGUACAUCAAUCAAGAGAUGAAUCGCGCUCUCGCAGAUUUUCGCAGCCAUAGCAGAGCAUUCGUGGACAUAUAUACCAUGACGCAUGACAACAUGGAGCUGAAAAGGGAUGGCACAGUCGCUGAUCGAAAUAUCGACUUCAAAGCGCUGGCUUAUCUGUUUGACAGCCCAUGGUUUGGCCGCCUUUGGGUAGGCAUGACUCCUUGGAACUACUCAAUUUUGCAGGGCUAA